ACAGAACUGCUGACUAUUAGUCAUCACACUAUAUACUUUCAACUCGAUUGUACGGCUGUUAAUAUCAAAUCACUACAAGAAUUAUUUGUCUCGAUGAAAUCUUUCUUUCAUUUCCCAUUGAGGACUAUUAGUCUAUUAUUCCUUUUCAGGAUGUUCACGGGCCUAAAUUAAGCGCGAAACACAUUAAAUACAUUGCCCACGUAUAUUGUGUGGGUUCCGGCGCGGGUUAAUUAGACAGUGCGCUUCAAUGUAGUGUGUUGGUUGGCGUUCCUUAAGGCGUUGGUAUCAUCUCAAAAAUUCCUUAGUUGAUUUAUUGGACAUAGACAGCAUAUUCCCGUUGGACGAAAGCAGUUACGAAAUGCUGAGUUUUCCGAACACUUCGAAUGACAAUAAAAAAACUUCUGAGGUGCUCUUCUUGUUGGUUAGUUACCCAGCGUAUGUUAUUUUCACAUUUUUGUUUUUCCUCAUAUUACCUCUUACUUGGUAAGUAAAUGUGAGGUGUUUUAAUUUGGGCUGUUACUCAAUGGUGUCAUGUAUUUAUCCAUUUACUGUUAUUUUUAGACGAGGAGAUGCAUUGCACUACAUUGUGAUCAGUUAUCUCUUAAGACUGUGAUGCUCAGUUGUUUAAAAAUAAAAAUAAAAUAAUGCUGUACUUUUAUUGUUUUGAACUAGAUGGUAUGAAAAUUUUGAAAAAAGCAUGGAAUACUGAACUAAUGUUUCGUUUUAGCUUGGACUUCUUUGUCAGUGCGUACGCGCGAAUCCGUUAAGGAUCGAUCUCAGUUUUUACUAAACGCUUAAUCACUCGCAGUCAAGUAUUCUUCGACGUACUGCAAUGUGACUAAACUGGUGACGCAGAUGUUUUACUUGUUUGCUACUAAAUACGCCUUUGUAGAGUUUAUCUGCCUAUUUUCCCUAACUGGAUUUUAGAAUUCUUAGUUGGUUUAUGUUGCAACAUCAAUAAGCUACUUCUCUGAAUAUAUGUCGGUUUAUUUUAGUUACAAUUCGUACCAAUUAUUUCUCCCGAAGAUAAACGUCAAUACAUCAAUAUUAAUUUGCGAAUUUUCAUGUUUUAGUGAUGUCAACGUACGUAGACCUCUCAACUGUAUUCAACUUUGAUAAUAGAGGUCAGUAUGUAGAAAUUUCCUCCGAUCGAAUGAAAGCCCGACGACAGGUUGGCUUUUGUGAUGGUGUUGUUAUCUCUCAAAACUUUAUUCGACCUGGUGAACUGGUAGCUGUUGAAAUCACAGAAACACAGCGAGGAUGGAGUGGUGAUCUCAGAGUGGGAUUCACUUUAUUGCCAGACCAAUUGCUUUUACCUCUUCCAAGAUUCGCCCUACCUGCACUGGUUUCUCCAGGCAGAAGUUGGAUUGUACCAGUUGGGACUGCCGUAGCUCUUCUCUUAUCUCAUCAUCACCAGACCUAUUGGAGACGUCAACAGCUGAAAUGUAGUCGUCAUCUAAACAGAGCUAGUACCAGUCCACUUACAUUGUUUGAUUCACUUAAUAAAUUCCGUGACAGACAGAUAGAUGUAUCUGGUAUGAAUGCAACAAGUGGUUUAAUUAAUAGUCCUAAUUUAUUGGGAACUAGUUCUCAUGUGAAUAAACAAGCAAUUCAUUUAGAAGUUAGUCCUUCCUACGUUUGUAUUUGUUGCCUCCAUACGAAACGUGGUAGAGUUCCACUGAGUCAGUUGGUGCCGCAUGAGCUAGAACUAGCUCGACCUCCCGAUGUUGAGAAAGGUAGCGUUAUAGCUAUCUAUUAUGAACUGGAACCUGUGUCAUCGAAUCAUACAUCUACAAAUCCUUCUAAUCCUUUGGGUGAUGAAAAUACUAACAUACUUAAUGAUAUUGGUAAUAUUCCUUCUGUAGUACCGGAUGAAAAUGUACAAAACCUCUUCAGAUAUACUUUAGACCCUACUGGAAGUAAAGAAGAUCCAAAUGCAGAGAAAUUACUUUUUCACUUUCGGUUUCAUAUUGUUAUUAAUGGUAUAGAUAUGGUCGCUAUAGCAGAAACAGUAUCCAUUUCAUCAGAUAAUUUUGCCGUUGAUCAGAGCGAUCCAGAAAUGUCAUAUGCUCAUCUCAAUGAUGAUUCGAACAGCGUGGAUUCCAAUGCUACUAAUGAGGUCCCCAGAUCUCCAGCAUCUUCUGAUCGUUAUUCUUUUGAUCCAGUCAUUUUAUCUACUCCACGUAUGAGGGCUGUUUUUGAUGUUUACGGUCAGACCAAAGCAAUCCAACUACGUUCAUUACAACAGAAUUCAAUCGCAUCAUUAAGUCGUUUAUGCUCCUGUGCAAUUCUUCACCAUGUCUUCUGUUUGUUUCAAUCUAGCAGUUUUCUAGCCAAUGACACGUCGAAUUAUAAUUCAAACAAUUUUCCCAAUACAGGUGUAAAAUCUGGUAAGCUACGGAAUUCACAAAGUGUUAUUCCACAUAUAAUGAAAAAUAAUCGAAUCAGACAAUUAUACACAAUAUUAGAUAAGCUUCCAUUGCCAAGGGUUGAAAGACGUCGUUUACAACGUGAUGCUUUUGCUGUAUUGGCCCGCGGAAUAUCGGAUUAAUGCGCAUAUAGUAUAAAAUGUUUUCCAGAAAGAUUUAUUUCACUUAUCAAUGGAGAAAAAUUGUCUGUGAUAACACAAAAAAAGGCAAUGUAAAACCUAUUAAUAACCACUUCACCAAAUGUCUUUCAUUAUCAAUUUUGUGUUAGGUUUUACCUGUGACUACUAUUUUUAAACGAAUAAGGAGGCUAGCAGAGAAGCAAGGUGAGAAGAAUGAAAUGAUGAAAUUGAAUAUAAUUGCCCAUUGAACUAUUCGGUCGCUUCUUCUUCUUCUUUUUCUUCUCCUUAUUUUCCAUCGUAUUGUUAGUCAUUUGGCUCAUCUUAUUUACCUAUCUGUUUAUUUGUAAAGAAUAUAUUUUGGAACGCUUAAAUUAUUCCUGUCAUCAAAGUGUUUUCAGCUAUCUUCUUUCUUGUCUUCAUAAUGCUUUUUAUCAUAUACUGAAUAAAUACUGAUUAGCUAGUAAUUAGGAAUAUCAGAAAUUGUAAUUCCAAUAAAGUUAUUUUAAUUCAAACACUAUAGACUUCUUAUUUAGUAUUUUGUGUAUGGAAUUUGUACAUUGAUUGGAUGCUUGUUUAUCUUAGGUAUGUAUGCAGUAGGCGAUGGGAAUUCAUCUGCUUCAGUAUAACACUCAUAUUUCGUCUUUCUUUUUGUUGUUGUUAAAAAUGGGCAAUCAUAUUGCUUAUGGGACAAACCCUUGGGAUCUAUUUCCAUGUUUGAAGGACUAAAACCAACCUGUGGAACAUUGUUGUCCUGCAUUACAAUUUAAUAAGAAGCGUGUUUUGAACUCCUAGAAUAAAAAUAUGUGUUAAUUUAGUCUUUAUUCAACAGAACACUUAUGCAGAUGAAUGCUAAAUUCUUUGUGUAAUCAUUUACAGCCAAGCA